CAGAGCUGUACACCAUGUCUUGCCUAUAAUUUAACAUACCUUACUUUACACCUACCUGAAGGUUACCUAUAGUUAAUGUCCUUUUAUAUGAUUGAUGCUAAUAUCAUCAAGAGAGAGGCCACCAGCCACUCCCUGAAACCUGUCUCACCAACUCACAUCUAGAAGAAAUUAGGGUCACUGCCCUCUCUCUCUCUCUCUCUCUCUCUCUCUCUCUCUCUCUCUGUGCUGAGUCAAAAGCCUAUAUAAAACCCCAUCUCAACUCCUUUCAAGGGCCGGCCUUAAUGUUCCAGCAACUCUGAGGACAACGGCUUCCAUUUCUACCAAAUUCACUAAAGAAAAUUCUUUUCUUUUGAAAAAAAUUAAGCAAUAGCUUAUACUGCAUCUUCUACUCCAAAAUGGGAAGGUCUCCUUGCUGUGAAAAAGCUCAUACAAAUAAAGGUGCAUGGACCAAAGAAGAAGAUGAUCGCCUUAUUGCUUAUAUUAGAGCUCAUGGUGAAGGUUGCUGGCGUUCUCUUCCCAAAGCUGCAGGCCUUCUUAGAUGUGGCAAAAGUUGCAGACUCCGUUGGAUCAACUAUCUAAGACCUGACCUUAAACGUGGCAAUUUUACUGAAGAAGAAGAUGAACUCAUUAUCAAACUGCACAGCCUCCUUGGCAACAAAUGGUCUCUUAUAGCUGGGAGAUUACCAGGAAGAACAGAUAAUGAGAUAAAGAAUUAUUGGAACACACAUAUAAGAAGAAAGCUUUUGAGCAGAGGAAUAGAUCCUGCAACCCACAGGCCACUCAACGAGCCGGCACAGGAAGCAGCAGCAAAGACGACGACAACAACAAUAUCUUUCAGCCACGUUAAAGAAGAAAAAGACAAGAUUAGCUGCACAACUACAGUUGUAUGUAAAGAAGGAAAAAACCCAAUUCAAGAAAGGUGUCCAGACUUGAAUCUUGAGCUUAAAAUCAGCCUUCCAUAUCAAAGCCAGCAGCCAGAGCCGAUGAAAACUGGAGCGAGAGGUCUUUGUUUUGCUUGCAGGCUGGGGCUACAAAACAGCAAAGACUGCAGUUGCAAUUUGAUUCCUAGUAUUGGAAGCAGUAGUAGCAGCAGCAACUCUGGCUAUGACUUCUUAGCCAUGAAAAGUGGUGUUUUGGACUAUAGAAGCCUGGAAAUGAAAUAAGAUAUGGAACUAUUCUUGAUCUUGUAGAAGAAAAGAAAUGGAGAGAAAUGAGAAAGGGAUUGCUAUUAGAUUGAAAAUCUCUCUAAUUUCUCUUAUUUUUCUUUAAUCAGUAUGAUUAUUAGAGCAUAAAUUUAUAAAUAUAUAUACACUGCUAGUACAGGUGAUUAUAAUUGA